GGGCUGGGGUUAAGGAAAGUGUUAAGGCUGUGGGGGUGGGUACCCAUGUUGGGGUUGUGGCAUGGUAUGUUGGGGUUGUGGCAUCGCAUGUUGCCGGGGUUGUGGCAUCGCAUGUUGGGGUUGUGGCAACGUAUGUUGGGGUUGUGGAGUCGUAUGUUGGGGUUGUGGCAUCGCAAGUUGAGGUUGUGGCAUUACAUUUUGGGGUUGUGGCAUCGCAUUUUGGGGUUGCGGCAUCGCAAGUUGGGGUUGUGAACUGGUAUGUUGAAGUUGUGGCAUCGCAUUUUGGGGUUGUGGCAUCGCAAGUUGGGGUUGUGAACGGGUAUGUUGAAGUUGUGGCAUCGCAUUUUGAGGUUGUGGCAUCGAAAGUUGGGGUUGUGAACUGGUAUGUUGGGGUUGUGGCAUUGCAUGUUGGGGUUGUGGAUUCGUAUGCUUGGGAUGUGGGGGCAAUUGGUGGGUUUGAGGAGUUGGGAAAUCUUGACCUUGGUUGUAAUGACAGGGAGGAUUAUGAACUGGUGCCAGGCCUAUGA